AAAGAAAGUUUGAUGUGAGAAAAUAUCUAAGCCCGAGUCACGAGAGCCACAUCAUGUGCCACUUUUGCUUCAUACUACUGUCUGCCACUCUCUAUAUAAUGCAACGCUUGUGUUCAACCAUUCACUUCACAACUCAAACUGCUUCAUUGCAUUAUUGCAGAUAAGAUCAACCCUACUCCCUUCAGAUUCGGGCCAAGAUGGCAUCACUUCAUGCUAAUGUGACAUCAGUUGUUUGCAAGAGUGGCAACCAUGCUUCUCAAUUGAAAUUCACAAGCUCUUCAUUCUUGCCUGGGUUUGAUGUUGUUGGUCGUGCUUCAAAUGCUUGGAAGAAAGAACUUGUCCCAUCUUCCAUUUCCUUGGUGCCUAGAGCCACACUAACAUUUGAUCCCCCAACUACCAACUCAGACAAAACCAAACAAAGGAAGCACACUGUUGAUCCUGCUUCUCCAGAUUUUCUUGCCCUUCCUUCAUUUGAACAGUGCUUUCCAAAGAGCACCAAAGAACACAGAGAAGUCACUCAUGAAGAAACUGGUCAUGUGCUCAAAGUUCCCUUUCGUCGAGUUCACCUGUCUGGAGAAGAAGGACACUUUGAUACCUAUGACACUAGCGGUCCCCAAAAUGUAAACCCAAGGACUGGACUCCCACAGUUGCGCAAAGAGUGGGUUGAUAGGAGGGAGAAACUGGGUUAUCCAAGAUUUACUCAGAUGUACUAUGCUAAGCAAGGAAUCAUCACGGAAGAGAUGCUUUACUGUGCCACUCGUGAGAACCUUGACCCGGAGUUUGUGAGGUCAGAAGUUGCUCGUGGACGUGCUAUCAUUCCUUCCAACAAGAAACACUUGGAGUUAGAGCCCAUGAUAGUUGGAAGAAACUUUUUGGUAAAAGUAAAUGCCAACAUUGGAAAUUCUGCAGUUGCAAGUUCUAUAGAAGAGGAAGUUUACAAGGUUCAAUGGGCAACUAUGUGGGGAGCAGAUACUGCAAUGGACCUCUCAACUGGUCGCCAUAUCCAUGAAACUCGAGAGUGGAUCCUACGCAACUCUGCUGUACCAGUUGGGACUGUGCCUAUUUAUCAAGCACUUGAAAAAGUUAAUGGGAUCGCUGAGGAUCUUAACUGGGAGGUUUUCAGGGACACCCUGAUUGAACAAGCUGAGCAGGGUGUAGAUUACUUCACCAUCCAUGCAGGAGUUCUUCUGAGAUAUGUUCCAUUAACGGCAAGGCGCAUGACAGGAAUAGUAUCCAGGGGAGGGUCUAUUCAUGCAAAGUGGUGCUUAGCUUACCACAAAGAGAAUUUUGCUUAUGAGCACUGGGAUGAGAUACUUGACAUCUGCAACCAGUAUGAUGUGGCUCUAUCCAUUGGUGAUGGGCUAAGACCUGGAUCCAUCUAUGAUGCAAAUGACACAGCACAAUUUGCUGAGCUCUUGACACAAGGAGAACUGACCCGUAGAGCAUGGGAAAAGGAUGUUCAGGUGAUGAAUGAAGGACCUGGACACAUCCCAAUGCACAAGAUUCCUGAAAACAUGCAGAAACAGUUAGAAUGGUGUAGUGAAGCGCCUUUUUACACUCUUGGUCCUUUAACAACUGAUAUUGCCCCCGGCUAUGAUCACAUCACCUCUGCAAUUGGUGCUGCCAAUAUUGGGGCACUUGGUACUGCUCUUCUCUGUUAUGUGACUCCAAAGGAACAUCUUGGGUUGCCAAACCGGGAUGACGUGAAGGCUGGAGUUAUAGCCUACAAGAUAGCGGCUCAUGCUGCUGAUUUAGCCAAAGGUCAUCCAUAUGCUCAAGCCUGGGAUGAUGCAUUAAGCAAGGCAAGAUUUGAGUUCCGAUGGAUGGACCAGUUUGCUUUGUCAUUGGAUCCGAUGACAGCCAUGUCCUUCCAUGACGAAACCCUGCCAGCAGAUGGUGCAAAAGUGGCUCAUUUCUGCUCAAUGUGUGGCCCUAAAUUCUGCUCUAUGAAGAUAACGGAGGAUGUGAGGAAGUAUGCUGAGGAACAUGGCUAUGGAACUGAUGAAGCUUUGCAGCGUGGGAUGGAUGCUAUGAGUGCUGAAUUUCAAGCUGCCAAGAAAACUAUCAGCGGGGAGCAACAUGGUGAAGCUGGCGGAGAGAUUUACUUGCCAGAAGAAUACGUUAGUUCCAAGAGGACUUAAAUGGAGCAAAUCAGUUGGAAGAACUUGGAGCUAGCUUCCCAACUGGCUUAUCAGGGUGUGGAGAAGCAUUAUUAAGCCUUAGGAAUAGGAGAGUAAGUACUGUUUGUGAAUGUCUUUGGUUUAAGAACUCCGUCUUAUGUCAACUUGUAUUCUGUUAUACAGUUCUCAGCAAUAAACUGCUCUGGCAAUCUAGUUUCAUGUACAAUACUAUCUUUAUCUUUUGGGCUAUUUUAUUAACACCAUAGAUGGGUUUUUUUACCAUUCUA